AUGGGGAACAAACUGACCUGUUGCCUAAUGCCCACUGCCAGGCGCAAGCCAGGCCGGUGGCACUGUGGGUGGGUGGGGUCAGAUGAUGGGUCUGGUGUCUACCAGGGGGAUUCCAGGAACUCGGCGGCAGCACCACCAGUUCCAACUGCCCUGGAACCUACUGGGUUGAAUCUCCACGCCUGCGAAAGCCACCAUGUGCUGCAUAUCAGUGACCUGGAGAUGUCCAAAGAGUUGGCUUCAGAAUUAAUACCAUCUGACCAUCCAAGGGCAAGCACGAUUUUUCUGAAGAAAUAUCAAAUAGAUGUACAAGGAAAGAGGAAGAAGAACUUUUCAUAUCAUGUAUCUCUAAGUCACCUUACUGAAAAGUACAGCUCGUGCUCAACAAUAUUUUUAGAUGACAGCACAAUUUGCCAGCCUAACCUUGGAAUCACUGUACAAUGCCUGGCCUUAGCACUCUAUUACCACAUAAAAAACAGAGAUGCAGAUAGAUCCAAGGAUAUUUUUGAUGAAAGGUUACAUCCAUUCACACAAGAAAUGGUUCCAGAGGAGCACUUCAGUCGUGACCCCGACCCUGACUUCAUUUACAGGUUCAUCAGUCCUUUCUUCAGUGCCACACAGCUCAGAGCUGAAUACGCGAUAACAACUUUGGUUUACUUAGAAAGACUUUUAAUUUAUGCUGAGAUUGACAUUUGUCCCACCAACUGGAAAAGAAUUGUUUUGGGAGCCAUUAUUCUUGCCUCUAAGUAUUUGCACGAUCUGGCUAUAUGGAAUGCAGACUUCUGCAAUAUCCUCAGGAGCAUUACAGUUGAGGACAUGAAUGAGAUGGAAAGGAAUUUUUUAGAUCUACUAGAGUUUCGUCUUAAUAUUUCUGCCAGUGUCUAUGCCAAAUACUAUUUUGACCUUCGGUCCUUAGCAAGGGACCAUGGACUGCCCAUUGUAUUUGCUCCUCUUCAAAAAGAAAGAGCACAGAACCUAGAGGCUAUUUCCAGAUAUUGUAAAAACAAAAACCCCUGCAGAGUGGCUAUAAAAAAAUCUAGCAGUGCUGAUAAUAUCACCAAUAUGCAGCACGCUAAUGCCAUCCUAUCUUAA